AUGGAAUUGUAUGAUAAUGAAUCAUUCCCAAUAUUGAUGCAUAAUAAUAGCAUAGAGUAUUGCUUAGAUAGUAUUUUCACUAAUGACCAGGUGGAUUACCGUUUAUACGGCAAUUUACCUAUUUCAUUAUUUGGUAUUGUUAUUAAUUUAAUUAAUAUAACCAUUUUCUCGCAUGCUGAUAUGCGACGAAGUUUGGUGAAUUUAUUUCUGCUUACAAUUAGUAUUACUGAUUUACUAUUACUUAUUUUUAAUUUUUUCUUUCUUCUAUUUCCAGUAAUUGCAUUGUUUUCUAAUUCUUUCAUUCUACAAGAUAUUUAUCCGAUAGUACUCAGGUUUAGUUAUCCGUUAGCAAGGAUAGCACAAACAUGCGGUGUCUAUCUAACCUUAUUUGUAUCGGUACAUCGUUAUCUCGGUAUUUGUCAUCCAUUUCAAGCAAAACGAUGGAUUACAGGGAAACCUGUAAAAUAUGCCAUUCUUGUUUCUGUUAUAUUUUCAUUUAUUAUUAAUGCGACAACAUGGCUUGAACUCACCGUUGUCCCAUGUUAUAGCAAAGAAUUUCAUCGAUUGUCAAGACAUAUUCAACUUACCGAAUUACAAAUGGAUUAUACAUAUGGUAUUGUUAUGAAAGUGAUCACUUAUACAUUAGUUAUGUUUAUUUUUCCAUUUCUUACCCUAAUUAUUGUCAAUACAUGCAUCGUUCUUGCUUUGAAGCGUAGCACAAAUAUGAGAGCUUUACAUACCAGUCAGAAAUCGCUUUUAUCCAAACCAAAUAGCAGCCAAAAAAACAAUCAAAAUGAGAUGGCAGUGAUAUUAAAUCCACCAUAUGCAAAUACAGCUUUACAAUUCUCUUCAACAAAUUCUACAUGCUUUCGCCCGACAAUACCAAGAGCGGCUAAACCCAUGGCGAAUUUUCAUUCAUCAGCUCGUGACAGCUCAGUGACACUGAUGCUUUUGGCCAUUGUUGCCAUGUUUCUCACUUGUAACGGCUUAGCAUUUUGCAACAACAUUAUCGAAAUCUUGAUAUUCGUGGAUAAGAUCGAUAGCAACGAAAACGAGAGUGCAUUUGAGAAAAGUGUCGAAAUUGCCAACAUUUUAGUCUCCUUGAAUUCAUCAACAUCCAUUUUUAUCUACCUCAUCUUCAGCUCUAAAUAUCGCGUCAUUGUCAAGGAAUAUCUUGGUCUGAAAAAUGCUAAUAAAGCACACAAUAGAACACUAACAGCGGCAGCUAUCGCAGUACGGGACACAUUCGAAUAUCCAUUUCUUAUACGGAACGAGGUAUCAUCCAAAGUAUAUUUGUCGAGUUCAGCAAGACUUCGUAUAUCACCCCAAUACGCUGUACGCCUUCCGCACAAUGCAGUUGAUAAAAAAUGCUAA